UCCCAUUUAUUCCACAUCUGUACCUUCACCUUUAGUUUAGUUAAAACAGUUUUAUGAUAUUCUUACAGAAUGAGUACUGCAGUUCACUAGUUCAAUUUUAAAGGAUAAAAACGCUAAGACUAAGACCCUGACGUUGAACCAUACUAAAUUAAUUGUAAGAAAAUGACUUCAGAAGAUAAGAUAGGUAAUUUGGAGGAAGAAGCAAUCAAAAGGAAAGAAAGGUUAAAAAAUUUGAAGAGGAAAGUUGAAGACCAUGAUAAAGAAGAGAGCAAACCAACUUCAGAGGUCGGCACGCUGCCUAAGCCCAAAUUCCGGAGUUACGUUCCUGAGGAUGAAUCACUGAAGGAGAACGUUGUUCCUGCAGCUAAACCUGGAGAUGUAGAAAGUGAAGUCAAGUCCCAACUAGAGACAGCUAACUCCAAAGUGGUCAUUGAAGAACUGGACCUUUCAAAUUUGGCUCCUCGCAAACCAGACUGGGACUUGAAGCGAGACGUUGCGAAGAAACUCGAGAGGUUAGAGAAGAGAACUCAGCGGGCCAUCGCAGAAUUGAUUAGAGAUCGGCUCAAGACAGGACAAACGGACCUUGCCACCAGCGUCAACAUAGGAGCUCGUGCAACGCAAGAAGAUGUUGACGAGGACUAGACAGUUGUAGAUCUAAGGCUGUAAAUAUCUAUGUAAAUAUUACCAAUACAUUUUUGUACUGAACCUAAAUAAUUUAUAUUUUGUUAAACACCUUUGUGGUAACCUAUUUAGUAUUUACCUAACUAGUGUAAUUUUGCAUCAGGAGAAAAAGGUAAUGGUGUGGCUCUUCGGAGGUAGAGUAGGAAAACUAUUAUGGUUAUACCAUGAUGGCAUAUCAAAAUGAAGCUUAG